CGAAGAAGAAGAAGAAGAAGAAGAAGAAGAAGAAGUGCUACUUCUCUUGUGGUGAUUCUUAUUCCUUCCAGGUUUGCGCUAGCUCAUAUCUUAAGAUGUCUACAAUCAAUUUUCUGAGAGCGUUCGUCAAUCAGCGACUGACUGUGGUUGUUGAGGAGAUAAUAGGAAUGUUUUCAAAGACAAUAACCGAGUACGAGGAGGAGAUCGACCGCCAGCGCAGGCUGCUGGGAGCCGAGCAGGUGCCCGGCAUCAAGAUAACGUUGACCACCCAAACAGGUGAGUCUCAGGUCAUCCAGCCACUGACUGUCAGCGCAAAGGUUCCCUCUGAGCAGCAGGACUCAAGCCCCAGCCUGCACCAGGAUUCUGGUGAGACCCUAUGCAUUAAAGAGGAACCAGAGGAUGUGUGGGAGAGUGAGGUGGAAGAGCAGUUUCAAGGGCCAGAGGAGGCUGAAAUCACAUUUCCUUCUAUCUCCGUGAAGAGUGAAGAUGAUGAAGAGAAGCCUCAGUCCUCACAGCUUCAUCAAAGGCCAAUGGAGGAGAGAACAGAGACUGAUCGGGCAGCCAGCAGACCUGCUGGACAGAUAAAAGCCAGAGUUGUUGGAGGAGACUGUGAAGUAUUAGAACCAGUCACUGACUUGGAUGUAGCUGGUUUUUUAAAAGCAACCAGUGAUGGUCAGUUUUUCCUUUCCCAGUGUUUUAAAAUGGAGACUGAAGUCCUGAAUGAUGACUGGAAUCAGUUGACCAAAUCCCAGCCAUCAUCCAACACACUGAAAUACCAUCAAACCACAGCUCAUGAGAGAUCUCUUUGUCAGGAUGAUCUCUAUAAAUGCCCAGCAUGUAGCAAAACAUUUAAGCAUAACACAGCUCUACAGAGACAUAUAACAUGUCAUACAGGGGAGAAGCCAUUUGACUGCACUGAAUGUGGUAAGACAUUUAGGCAAAAGGGAGGGUUGCACAUACACAUGAGAAAACACACUGGAGAGAAGCCUUUCGGUUGCCCAGUUUGUGGUAAAAACUUCACCCAGAGCGGAACAUUAGCUGUACAUGUGAGAAUUCAUACUGGAGAGAAGCCUUUUACCUGCUCAGUGUGUAAGAAAAGGUACAGCGAAAGAGGGACACUUGUCCGACACAUGAGGGUCCACACUGGAGAGAAACCAUUUACGUGUUCACUUUGUGGUAAAAGCUUUAGUGAAAAAGGAAAUCUGAAUAAGCACAUGAGAAUCCACACAGGAGAGAAACCAUUUAGUUGCAGUGAAUGUGAGAAAAAAUUUAGUUUUCUGUCACACCUUAAAAACCACAAGUGUCCUCAUACGAAAAGCAUUGAAGCUGUACAGCAGGCACUUCAGCGGGAAUGUGCAAAAGGAAUGGUACAGUUAACCAGAUGCAUGUUAUAAAUUGGACAGGAUGAAACCCUU